AUGUCCCAGCUGGAAACCGCAAUGGCAAUGACCAUUGCAGUCUUUGACAAGUAUGCAAAGAUGCAAGGCAACACACGGACCCUCACCAAAGCCGAGCUAAAGACCCUCAUGGAAAAAGAGCUACCCAAUUUCCUCUCGGCAGGGAAGGACAAGGACAACCUGGACAAGAUCUUCAAGGACCUGGAUAACAACGGCGACUCCCAGGUGGACUUCAAGGAGUUUGUCACCUUCGUGGCUGCCCUCACCUGCUGCUGCCACAACUACUUCGAGCAGAAAGGGGCCCGAUAG